CAACAGCAUAAGCAGAUGCUUUUAAGUGCUUCUGCUUGUUUCUUGGGAAACGGUGAUACAGAUAGAGCAAGGAUGCAGAAACGCAGGUUGAAGGUUGCAGCAUUGAGUUUUCUUUAUUUUUUUGCGCAAGUCAUCGCGAUCGAGAAACCCCAAUACCAAAUAGUACACGCUGAAUCAGAUUUCCAGGUCAGAUUAUACGCUCAGGCCACAUGGAUGGCUGCGCCAGUAAGUGAAAUCUCUUUCGAAAAAGCUACCUUGGACGGCUUUCACAGGCUGUUCCAGUUCAUUCAAGGUGCCAAUCUAAAUUGGACAAGGAUUCCAAUGACAGCUCCUGUUGUGACUAGUAUAGUCCCAGGAGCUGGGCCAUUUCAGUCAUCAGCCUACUCUGUUCUAUUUUACUUGCCCUUGAAAUUCCAAGCUGACCCACCAAUCCCUAUUCCUGAACUGCAUCUGAAACCUUAUGUUUGGGACAGUCAUUGCGUUGCCGUGAGGAAAUUCUCAGGGUAUGCGACGGAUGAUAAUAUUAUCAAAGAAGCUAAAAGACUUUCUAUCAGCUUGAGCAGGUCUCCGUGGAUCAACAACACUUCUGCGGAAACUAAUUUUGCCUACUCCAUUGCUCAGUAUGAUUCUCCGUUCCAUUUCAUUGGGCGUCUUAAUGAAGUAUGGGCAGAUAUUGAUGCAACUGACGGCUGUGAAUACAGUAAAAUAGCAACCUACUGAGACAUUGUUAAAUAACUUGGGAUGGCAUUUUGACUAAUGUAUAUGGGUGCCUGAAGAAACUUUAAAGAUAUUUUGCAGUUUAUCAAGCUCCAUGUCUGUAUGUAUAUAUUGAAGUCUAUGCCGUUUUAAGACGCUGAAAUAUAUAGUACACUGCAUUUCCCAAAAAAUAAAUAUUUAUAUGUAUUGAAAGUAUGUAAUAUAUAUAUAUAAAUGUUAAUAAAAUUGGUUUUCUGUUCGUUUUUUA